UGCAUAAAGCGAUAAACUCGUCGUACAAUCAACUUGUAAAUUUUUAUUAUAUUCUUGAACGUGUUCUUCCUUUCAAAGUAGAAUUACUGGUCGGUAAGUGUUUGACGCACGGGCAAAAUUAAUUCAAUAUAAUCUUCAAUGAAAAUCGCUAUAAUAUAAAACGACGUAAAUUAUAUUGAUACCGACAAAAUGUCCCUUUGCCCAACAACGUCAAAUAUUUCAUACUACCACCUCUUCAAACACAAAGUGCCGUGAAAGAAGCAUAAAUUCCACGAAAAAUAAAGAAAAAUUUCAAAUCGCAUCAACUGGUAAUUCUUUGUAUGCUGAUGUGAAUGAAGAGAAAAUAAAAAAAAAUAUUCUCUUGCCAAUAGAAUACCCAAGCGCACAUCCAUAAAAUACGUAAGGUAAAACUGUAUGACUGUUUGUGACUAUUUCAUCGAAAUAUGGUCAUAAAAAACCUUUUUUCCGACUCAAGUCAUAAACUCUAACCGCCUUAAACAUUUUCUGUAAAAACGAUCCCUAAUUUCAAAAAAAAAAAUCCUUAAAAAUCGAUACAAAUACGGGUUUCCAGUAACAACUUGAAAAGUUUAGCGAACGUACUUUAUGAAUGACCCCCGAGAAUAAAACAAGAAUAAGAAGAAUGAAACCAGAGUUAAAGCAAAUCAGGUUUAACUCGUAUAGCUCAUGGUUUUUUUCUUCAUUAUUUGCUUUGCUUUGUUUUAUUUUCUUUUGGAUGUGAAUAACCAUCGACAACACAUGAUAUGAGUAAAGUUUUUAAAAACUCGCACAGAAAUUCAUUUCAGUAGUGAGCGCGAUUUCGUUGCCGAUUUCGUUUCUUUUUACUUGUUUUCGGUUUUUGUGUGAUCGUAGCAGAGCUAAUAAACUACCCCCAUUACCUUGUGUAUUUGUGUGUGUAUGUACACGUUAAUUUUUAUUAAUGAGUGGCUCUUUAAAUUACUGCAACACCAGCCAAUUGUAUUUAGAUUUCAUUUUGCCAACCCUGCAGUUGAGUACCCGGUAGUACAACACAGACAUGUAAACGCAACAGUUAGUUUCCAUUUAUUUUGUUUGCUCGAAGAAACUAUCAACAAGAAAAUGCCCCUUACAAUAGCAUCAGUGUUUAAUUUUAUACCAACGAACAUAUGGCGGCCACUCAAGAAAUUUGUCACGAAAGACCAGACGGUCGUCUUCGACUUGCCGUUCAAGAUGUCAACAAAGUACACCCCUGGUCUACUAAUCGUAAUGAUGUGUUUGUCGUUCGCCAAUCAAUUUGUACGGAACAUUGAACUGGAUUGUUCGACCAAUGGCGUGUUGAAGGGCACACAUGGCCAUGGGUUCGAUAGCAGUGAUACAGACAAAGGACUGAAUGAUUUCUGCUGGAAUCAUGAAACAUUCCUGGUGGUGAAAUCUUUGGAUCCACAUAUGAGACGCGCCGUUACUUAUCCGGGAGUAUCCGGUUAUGAUCGUGGCAAGGAUGAGGUGUUGAGACAACGAUACUACAAAUACGUAUGGGUCAUUUUUGGACAAUUGUGUGUCAUCGCAUUUUUGCCGUAUUUCUUCUGGAAAGCGCGUGGUAUUAAGAAAAUCAAACCGUUGGUAGCCAUAACGGAUUCUGUUGAUUAUUCGGAGGAGGACCAGCGCUUGACUUACUUCUUAGAAACUGUUGGAUUAAACGAGAGUUUUGCUUGGUUUUACGUCGGAUGUAAAAUUUUCGGAGCAUUAUCGCCAUUAGGCCAAUGGUAUUAUUUGUGCGGAUUCAUCGGAAAACGAUUCAAGUAUUACGGUUAUGAAGUUAUCAGUCACUUCAUGGAUGAGACAGAUCCAUGGCCCAAUCCAAUGGACGUCCUCUUCCCAAAAAUGGCAAAAUGUGAGUGGAGCCGUUACGGUUAUUCGGGAGAUUUAGAGAUCAAAUCAGCACAGUGUCAAAUGCCUAUGAACAACAUUACCCAAUGGUCGUUUUUCGUAUAUUGGGUCUGGCUGUUGGUCAUAUUCAUCAUCAAUAUGCUAUCGCUGGUAUACCUGUUCUUCCAUAUUUUCCCAUGCUGCCGUCGAUACAGAUACCGAAAGUUUGUCUCAGCCGCCUGUCGGGAAGACGUUGAGAAAUUACGCAAUUACAUCACUCCCGGUGAAAAGGGGAAAGGAGUCAAAAGGAAACACGAAAAAUACAAGGUCAUUUCCAUUAAUAUGGGAUUCGGAGACUGGCUGGUCCUGAGCUUCGUCAAAAAGAACUUGGAAGAGUGGAAAUUCAGAGAUUUUAUUCGACAAUUGGCGACCACCGAAAACACGGUCAUUCAACUGAGACCGGUACCGAUAUCGGUCCCUACAUUAAGUACUAUGAGUACCUUAAACGAAAUGAACAUUAAAGAGAAUCCAGAUGAUGUCGACGGACACAAGGCAGCCAACAUGGACAUUGGCUUCAAAAAUUCCAUCAUCAAUCCGAACGGCGACAUUGGAUUCAAGCAUGCACUGAUGAAUCAAGAUUUCGAUUUAAACGAAUCGUAUCUGUCACCCAGCGAGGAGCAAUAUUCAAUAAAAAUUAACGCACCGGCCAAAAUCGACCGGAAACAUUUAAACAAAACGACUGCAAAAAAGGCAUCCAAGGACAAAAAUAAGAAUGCCAUGCAACACCAUGCUCAAUACGGUUGGAAAGGUGGCAUUCCGCCGAAUCAAAUGGGCCACCAAGGUGAAGGGUGGGAAUAGUGUGACAAAAUCAAUAAAUAAAUAAGUAAUUAAAUAAUAAAUAAAAAAGCAUAAUGUGAAUGGGAUGCGGUAUAUCGACAUCCAAGAUAUAUAAAUUGAGGCCUUUAUAAUUAAAAAUGUUCGACAAUUGAAAUGAACAAUUUAUGAGAGAAUGAGA